AUGGGAAAAACGCAAAUAUGGGAAAAACGCAAAUAUGGGAAAAACGCAAAUAUGGGAAAAACGCAAAUAUGGGAAAAACGAAAAUAUGGGAAAAACGAGAAUAUGGGAAAAACGAAAAUAUGGGAAAAACGAAAAUAUGGGAAAAACGAAAAUAUGGGACAAACGCAAAUAUGGGACAAACGCAAAUAUGGGACAAACGCAAAUAUGGGACAAACGCAAAUAUGGGACAAACGCAAACAUGGGACAAACGCAAAUAUGGGACAAACGCAAAUAUGGGACAAACGCAAAUAUGGGACAAACGCAAAUAUGGGACAAACGCAAAUAUGGGACAAACGCAAAUAUGGGACAAGCGCAAAUAUGGGACAAGCGCAAAUAUGGGACAAAUGCAAAUAUGGAACAAACGCAAAUAUGGGACAAGCGCAAAUAUGGGACAAACGCAAAUAUGGGAAAAACGCAAAUAUGGGAAAAACGCCAAUAUGGGAAAAACGCAAAUAUGGGAAAAACGCAAAUAUGGGAAAAACGCAAAUAUGGGAAAAACUAAAUAUGGGAGAAACGCAAAUAUGGGAAAAACGCAAAUAUGGGAAAAACGCAAAUAUGGGAAAAACUCAAAUAUGGGAAAAACGCAAAUAUGGGACAAACGCAAAUAUGCGACGUACGUAA